AUGCAAGUUCCCCUGAUCCGGCUCCAAUGCGGGGCCAACUCCUACGAGUGGGGGAAGAAGGGCAACUCGUCUGCCGUUGCCCGCUUUGCUGCUGCAACGCCAUCUGCAGACUUUACGAUACAGGACGAUAAGCCGUACGCAGAGUUGUGGAUGGGCACCCACCCCUCCAACCCGUCCAAAGAUGUGACCACCGGCCGCACCCUUCUCGAGCUUGUCCAAGAUAACAGAGCUCUCCUUGCGCGCUCUAUCGCCGUUCGCUACGACAACAAAGUCCCCUUCCUUUUCAAAGUGCUCUCCGUCAACAAGGCCCUUUCCAUCCAAGCGCACCCGAACAAGAAGCUGGCUGAGCAACUUCACGCGAAAGACCCCAAGAACUAUCCAGAUGACAACCAUAAGCCCGAGAUGGCUAUCGCCAUCACCCCGUUUGAGGGUCUUUGUGGAUUCCGUCCUCUCGGAGAGAUCGCACACUUUCUCGAUGCCGUUCCUGCGCUUCGCCAACUCGUUGGCGACGAAACCGCCAAGGAGUUUAUCGAGCUAGUCGCAAGCACAAAGGACGAUGAAUCCAAGGAGGCGGUUGAGCGUAACAAGAAGUCAUUGCAAAAAGUCUUUAGCGCGUUGAUGUCUACCUCCGAGUCUGACAUGUCUUCAGCGGCGGAAACGCUGGUCAAGUCCGCGGCGAGCGACGGGGCCGAGUUCGCUGGAGGGGGUGUUGCUUCAACGUCCGGGUCGACCCUGGGCGAGCUGGUAACUCGUCUUCACGGCCAGUUCGGCGCUGACUACGGCCUUUUUGUUCUUUUUUUGCUCAACUUUGUCACGUUGCAACCUGGAGAGGCUCUCUUCCUCCAAGCCGACGACAUCCAUGCGUACGUCAGCGGCGACAUCAUUGAAUGCAUGGCGAGUAGCGACAAUGUGGUUCGGGCGGGAUUCACUCCCAAGUUCAAGGAUGUCGACACUCUUGUCAACAUGUUGACGUACAAUUACGCGCCCAUCGACGAGCAGAAAAUGGACCCUAGCGAUUACCCGUACGCCACGCUCAACCGCGCGGGCUACAGCUCAGGAUCCACUGUCACACUGUAUGACCCUCCCAUCGAGGAGUUCAGCGUGGUGCGCAGCAACCUUAGGGGUAACGCAGCUAAAGCGACGUUUGACCCGCUGGAUGGUCCCAGUAUCAUCAUCUGUACCGCUGGGCAAGGCAAGAUCUCGGUCGGCCCGACCGUCCAGGAGAUCAAGGAAGGCUACGUCUAUUUCGUGGGUGCCACUGCGGAAUGCGUGCUCGAAUCUGUGGGAUCGGGUGAAGACGAUGAGUUCAUUACUUUCAAGGCGUUUUGCGAGAUUGAUGAGCCGGGCGGCGGCGGCGCAUCCCUCUAG